AUGAAUUAUUGUCUUAUCACUCUUCUUCUUGGUACUGCAUUUGCUGCAAUACCAACUAAAGUGACUAAUUGUAUGGCUGAUCCAAAAAUCGUUUUUACAAGCGCUACAUUUAGUGUAUAACCAGCCAAAGGAGUAGAUGAAACCAUUACACUAUAUGGAAAUGCUAAUCUACAUGUAGAAUUAGCAAAUGUGUUGCUUAAAGCCAAAUGGAAUGGGGUUGAAGCUUUUGAAGAUAAUUAUCCUGAAGAUGAAGUUUAUGAUAAAGGAGAUCCUGUCAGUUAUUCCCUUACUUAAAAUUUCCCUACCUAUACUCCAUCUGUAAAAAAUUAUUUAAAUUUGAUUAGGGUAAAAUUUCAUGUUAAUUCUGGUUUCAAAAUGCCAAAGGAGCCAACUUUGCUUGUGCAGAAAUUUCAUUUAUUGUUUGAUAACAUUUUAUGUAUAAU